AUGCGCGUCUCCUUGGCCCUCUGCCUCGCGGCGCCCGCGGCGGCGUUCCAGGGCGCGGCGACGCCCCGGUCGCCCGGUGUCCUGCGGUCGUCCCCCGACAUCCGCACGGACGUCGGCAGCGACUGGAAGCCCGAGCAGGGCGGCAUGGAGGCCACGGACACGCCCGACUUCUUCUACGAGGACGGCGAUUCGCGCAACACGGACAUCGGCUUCCAGGACGGCAUCAUGGGCUCCACGGGCCUCGACAAGCUCCAGGGCAUGAACCAGGGCGGCGACCCCGGCGUCGCGGGCGCGCUCGACGUCGACCCCACGACGAUCGGCGGCUACCAGUCCGCGUCGGCCGCGGACGCCGGCGCCGACUUCACGCUCGACACGCUCGCGAAGAUGGGCCGCUUCACGGAGGAGAUCAAGAUGGACAUCCCCGCGGGCACGACCGAGCUCCAGGCCCGGACCGUGUCCAUCAAGCCCGUCUGCAUGGCCUACGAGGACUUCUACGUCGGCUUCGCGCCCGAGUCGGCGCCGGGCAUGUUCUCCGCCGAGCCCACGGAGGGCCGCAUGGACCGCCGCGGCGGCGCGCCCACGGACGUCGACAUCGUCGUCAAGGCCGACGGCCAGGUCGGCGAGAAGGUCGGCUACAUGGUCAUGAACCUCCCGGAGGAGAACGAGAAGUUCACCGUCAAGAUCACGGUCAACCAGUUCUAA